GAGCGCUUUCUUGGAUUUCGUUUUACGGAAGAGCCGGCAAAUGCGGUGGCGAAAGCUGGACGAGUACAACUGAACUGCCGAUAUGCGUUGUCCACGAACAAUGUCCCAACACGUAUCGAAUGGCGGAAAGAUGGAGCCGAGCUGAGUACGGUGCGAUCAACCGGAAAAGUGUAA